ACUAACGUGCCUUAAUCUCAACAUUGCAGAUAAAUGCAGUAUCGGUGCUCAUAUGGAGAUUGGGUCAAUACAAUUGGGCUGUAGUAGGACAGAAAAGAGGGGUGUGACCAUCCCAAAAGUUUUCUUCAAUGGGCUACCUGUAGAGUCUCCGAGCGCUACGCAUAAAUACUCCUCCCUCUGGGGAUGAGUUCAGUCCUGAAGGAGAGACACACAAACGAAUUUAGGUUUGGGGAAUCUGGUUAGGGCGGAUUAUGAACGCUUUUGGACACCAACCAUCUAACCAGCAGACCAGCCCUAUUCAGCACCAUAGCGCGCAGGAGAUCCUAGACAUGGCCGUGUACUGCGACAAUUACGGUGUGUACCAACAGAACCUCCACCACCAUCACCCUCAGAGGCCGCCGACGCACCCCUCCGGCUACGGCCUCGGAGAGUACACCUCACCGUCCACGAACCCGUACCUAUGGCUGAACGGACCCAGCAUCAACUCCUCUCCUUAUCUUCCCGGAAACAACGGCACGUCCUAUAUUCAGUCUGGAUACGGGUCGAACCAGAGGCAGUUCUUACCGCCUCCGACCGGGUUUGGCGGGGCAGACCUGGGCUGGCUGUCCAUAUCCAGCCAGCAGGAACUCUUCAAGAUGGUCAGACCACCUUACUCUUACUCAGCACUGAUAGCGAUGGCCAUACAGAACGCCCAAGACAAAAAGUUGACUCUCAGUCAGAUCUAUCAGUAUGUAGCCGACAACUUCCCUUUCUACAAGAAGAGUAAAGCUGGAUGGCAGAAUUCAAUCCGCCACAAUUUAUCACUGAACGACUGUUUCAAAAAAGUGGCAAGGGACGAGGAUGACCCCGGUAAAGGAAACUACUGGACGCUCGACCCCAACUGUGAGAAGAUGUUCGACAACGGGAACUUCAGACGGAAGAGAAAGAGGAGGGCUGACAGUACCGGAGCUGAGAGCACCGCUCUCCCGGUCAAGUCAGAAGACGGCCCGCAUAAGCUCUCCGACACAUCCAGCCUUAUGAGCUCCUCCCCGCCCAGCCUGCACGGAUCCCCGGCCUCCACGGAGCCCAAGUCGUCCCCGUCUCCGUCCGCGGAGCACAGCCCGUGUUUCGGCACCUUCGUGUCCAGCGUGAACUCGCUACUGGCGGGCAGCGGCAGCACAGACGGCUCCCGGCCCGGGGAGCGGGACUACGGCUCAUCGGCGCAUCUCGGGGGAUUGUCUCAGACCAGAGAGGGCAUGUCCGGACUGGGCUCCUACUCGCCCACUUUAAUCUCUUCUGUGAACUCUGACAACAACAGAAUGAACUAUUACACAUCAGUUCAGAGCCUCUCCAAUCAUUUUAGUGUUAAUAACCUCAUAUACAGCCGGGAAGGAACAGAAGUGUAGACUGUCUUUGUCAAUGUUGGGCUGCUUACAGAAAAAGUCAUUUAUUACUCAUUAGCCUUCACAUUUCUUUAGCCUACUGUUUUUAGGCUAUGUACUUAUUACUCAUGUUCUGGUUAAGUAAGCCUCAUUGUAAAACUAGCACUGGAACUGAACUGGUAGGGUUUUUUUUUUAACUGGGCCAAUAUAUUUCAGUGUCAUCAGAAAGGAAUAUUCAUGGUUAUAAACUGUCACUUCUGCAUUAUGGUUUGUUCACACUAGUGCAACAAACAUUGCAAGCAGUUUAUUUGUAGAAAAUGAUACAACUCACAAAUCAGCCUAUGGACAUCUGAACUGAUGAAUUUGUAGCCUACUUUAUUUUUUAUUGUAGCUGCUUGGUUGGGCCAAUUCCUGUCUUAAAGAAGGAGACCUAUGUACAGAAAUUAUUUUCAUAAGAAGAUACAUUACAUGUGUUUUAGACUAAAUUGUGUUUUGUGUUUUAUUUAAACUCAUGUCGAUGUUUGAAUAAAAGUCUUUUAUUUUAACUUCA